CACUGCAGUCCCAAAUCCCUGUAGCAGCUUUUCCUGUGUGGCUCUGGCUUUUCUUAUAAACCAGGGCUCGGGGAGCACAAGGGGUUUUCUCUGUUCCAAGGGGCUUCAGUUUGGGCGAGGAGGGAAGGAGACCAUCUCUUCAAGGCCUCUAGGAUGUAGUGCCAGAAGCCAGUGGGCUCUUGUUGCACUGGCAGCCCUGUGAAGCAGAUGAAGUGCCAUGUUGUCCCGUAGCUCCAUGGUGGCCCUGAGGCUUGGCUCCCAGCCCAGCUGCAGCACCCCAGUCCAGGUGCAAGCAAACCCUUUCUCUGCCCUGCACUUGCUUCCGCGCAGGAGCUCGCUUCUUCCCCCGCUCAGCCAGGAGGACUUCUUCGAGAGCUUCGAUGGGAGCUUCUAUGAUGUGAACGAUAUUUUUGGGGCUGACUCGUUUGAGUGCGACUGCUCCGUGCCCGAUCCGCAGCUGAUCAAGAGGAUCGUUUCUCAAGUGGAGUUCUACUUGUCUGAUGAAAACCUCGCCAAGGAUGCCUUCCUCCUGAAGCAUGUCCAGAAGAACAAGAUGGGUUUUGUGAGCAUCAAACUACUGACCUCUUUCAAGAAGGUGAAAUACCUCACCCGAGACUGGCGGCUCACUCUGUAUGCCCUGCAGUUCUCAGAGCGCCUAGAAGUGAAUGAGGAAGGGACCAAGGUGAGGCGGAGAAACCCCAUCCCAGAGUCUCUCUUGAGCAUCCCACCGAGCAAGCUGCUCCUGGCCUGGAACCGCCUGCCCCAGGAGCAGGCCCUGUCCCUGCCGCUCCAAAAGAGCUUCAUCGAGACCAUCACCAAGAUGUUCAGCCCGUUCGGUGCCAUCACCUCCAUCCGCAUCCUGCGGCCCGGCAAGAAGCUGCCGUCGGAUGUGAAGAAGUAUUCCUUCCGCUACCCCGAGCUGCUGACCAAGUGCUGCGCCUUGGUGGAGUACGAGAGCCUGGAGAACGCCAGGAAGGCCUACGAGGAGCUGAACCACAGCCAGGGCUCGCUGGGCAUCAAGGUGGUCCGUCUCUCGGGGAAAGGCUCCAAGAAGAAGAGCGGGGCUGAGCAAGAGGAGGCGGAGGAGGUGGAGCUGGCCGGCAAGCCAGGCUGGAAGCCGCAGGCAUCGCCGGGGUCGGAGAAGAUGCCAUGUAAUGCGGGAGACUCCUUCUUCUGCAGCUCCUCGGAGUCCGACGGCACGCCGACUUCGCCUCCCGUCCUAAUGCAGCAGUAUCUCUCUUCUCCGGCGUGGCCCGCCAGCAGCCUCUGCAGCUUCAAACCCUGCUUCUUCAGCACCCCGUACUCCAGCCCUCUUCUCUCCAGUAAAGCCCUCCAGUGCCCUUCAUCCCUGGCUGCCGAGCUGGGGAGUGGAGGAUCGUCCAGCCUGAGCACGAGCACCAGCCCCGAGUACCAACGAUUUUCUGACUCCUGCUGGGACAGCGGGAUCGGGUCCGGCAGCUCGUGGGUGCAGCGGCGACGCGUGGCAGCCCAGAGCCCGCCUCUGGAAACCAAACCUCUACUCUGCAGCCCUCUGGCAGCAAGGAAGGUGUCCGACUCCUUCGGCCUUCGACCGGGUGUGAUCCGUCUGCCCCACGGGCCGGAUGGGACCAAAGGCUUCUACAACAGCAUUGGGAGAGGGAGGCUGGUCCUGAGGCACUAAUGCUACCGCUGCUUCUUCUCUCAAGCAGAUCGUUGCUCCAGGUUGUCCACAAGAAUUGGACCAGGACCUUCCAACCAUUGGUCUCUACUGCUCAAGCGCUCCAAACUCCUGUCGAGUCAGAAGUGGUGGCAGACUUGCCUCUAUACUAGGCCUAACUGCUAGAGGGGAUGGAAACGGUGGCAUGGGCCAGGUGGGACACGAAGCAAUGGGGAUACCUAGACCGGUGAUUCUCAGCCAUGGUGCUGCGGCAACCAGCAGUGCUGCUAGACCCUUUAAUGGGUGCCCUGGGGGGCAAGGAGAUCAAUGAAGGCUCAAGCUUAUCCCUGUUGCCCAACCUCUCUGCAAGGAGGCAAGCGCUCUAACGCAUACGUCUUUGUGAACGGAGGGGCGCACUGUUUCUACCAUUAUGGAGGGGAUCCCUUGGGUCAAAUGAGGCUGAGCACCACUGGCCUAGAUGCUGGGUGUGAUAAAGAAGGCAUUAAAGAUCCAAUGAGAGUCAGAUGCCCAGCUAUUUAAAAGUCAACAGGACUUUAUUGCCCCGCCACUGUUUUUGCAGCUGUUCCAGCCCCUGGCUUAGUUGAAACUUUUAUUGAGAACAAUCAAUGCUUGCUUUGAUCAGCCCUGCUCCAACACUUAAGGCCAUGGUUGUAUUAUAGCAACGC